CAACACUAACUGCAUCUGUGAUACUGAUCUGUCACAAAGAGCAUUUCUGAAUAUCUGUCAUCUAUGGUAGCAUUGACGAUUGGCAGACAGUAGCCGAUCGAAAAUUCAUAGAAAUUUCGGCAAUUAUAAGAGGGUUAAGAAAAAUCAGAACCAUGUCUAUGAUGAAGGGAAAUAUGCUGGUGCGUUCCUUGAGCACAUCGUCGGCCACCGCUCAGCUCAUUAAGCCUCCUGUACAAGUUUUUGGUUUGGAGGGAAGGUACGCAUCUGCCCUGUAUUCAGCGGCUACAAAAUCGAAAGCUUUGGACUCCGUGGAAAAAGAAUUGUCACAGUUCCAGCAGUCUUUAAAAACGGACGCUAAACUUAAGGAGUUCAUUGUCAAUCCUACACUCAAGAGGAACCUGAAAGUGGAUGCAUUGAAGCACGUUGCUACUAAGAUCAAUCUGUCUGCCACCACAAGCAAUUUAUUGGGAAUCCUCGCUGAGAAUGGUCGCCUGGGUAAACUGGAGGCUGUGAUCAAUGCUUUCAAGAUCAUGAUGGCUGCCCACCGUGGUGAGGUCACCUGUGAAGUCAUCACAGCCAAGCCUUUGGAUCAGGCUCAAAGGCAGAACUUGGAAGCUGCUCUUAAGAAAUUCCUGAAAAAUAAUGAAACUCUGCAACUGACAGCAAAGGUUGAUCCUUCAUUGAUUGGUGGCAUGAUUGUUUCUAUCGGCGACAAGUAUGUGGACAUGAGCGUGGCCAGCAAAGUGAAAAAAUACACUGAGCUCAUUAGCGCUGCUGUUUAGACAUCUUUCAAACUACAUACAUUGUGCACUAGUAAAAAAUGUUAAAUAACUUGUAAUUAAAAUCCUUGUUCACUAGAAAAAA